GCCGGUCUGCCAGGAUCACCACUCUGUGUGCAGUGCAAUGAUAUACAAAUGGAUUGUCUAAUGUUAUCUUGGAUUCCUCCAAGUGAUGAUAGAGGCAGUCCUGUGUGCGGUUACUACAUUGAGAGCUUUGAUACCUCAACAAAACAGUGGAUGAGGUGUAAUAAAAUCCCAGCAAAGAUCUGCCGAUAUCCUGUAUCUGGUCUUAUUCCUGGGCAUACAUAUCAGUUCAGAGUAAGCGCACUCAACCAGGUUGGUGUCAGCCAUCCAUCAAAACCGAGUGACCCUGUGGCUACAAGAGAUUCGCUGCAGGAAGCAAGAUCAAUAGUAAUACCAUAUAAUGAAGGAAGGACAAUUAUUGUGAACAGA